UCCGGUUUAGAAAAAUAACCAAAAAGGUCAAAAUAUCAGAUGAAAACUUAAAAUAUGCAUUGUUUUAGUUUAGAACCGGGUUGAAAAAUGAAUAUGUGUUAUUCAUAAUGCCAUAAGCGCAUUAUACUUGCCACACUCAGGAUAAAUUUAUAAGUUAAAUGAAAUGUCAUGAACAAUACGAGAAAAUCUAGUCGGACGAUUCCGAGUGUCAAAAGACAAAAAAUGGAAGAUGUCAACACAGAUGAAGAAACUGGUAUGACCAUCACUUCCUUAUCAGCCGAAGGGAAUUCAGAACUAUCGGAUGGAUUUGUGGCAAGCAUAGCUGGUCAUUCUAGCUUAUGUAAUAGGGAAAAACAAUAUGUAGAUGUUGCUUCAUCCAGAGAAAAUUGUUAUAUUCUUAAAGAUGAUAAUGCAAUUCAAAGGCCUGAUAAUUUGGAUAUUGUUGGAGUUACUGGAGAUAUGAAUGAUGUAAACAAUGAUGAAGAACAUGAUAGUAAAGGGAAUGAAAAAAGGGGUAGUGGACAGAUCGAGGUAUCGAAGGAAAUGAAUGAUAUUUACAAUGUUAACAUACUUGAUAAUGGAGAAAAUGAAAAAAGAACUGAAGAAUUGAAUGAUUUUAAUACAUUGAAUGUUAACUUACAUGAUUGUAAAGAAAAUGAAAGAAGAACUGAAGAAAUGCAUGAUAACAAUGUUAACAUACAUUAUAGUGGAGAAGAUGAAACUGAAAGUGGUGGAAAUGUUAAAGUGAAUAAAGAAUUAAGAGACUCAGAGAAAGCCAUUAAAGGAAUGCAAAGUAGCAGUGUGAAUGAAAUCACAUGCUUCAAACCACAGUUGGCUCCGGACUGGAGCCCAGUUUCUUCUAAUUCUGUUGAAAAUAUUCAAGCUAUGGCAGAGACUAAUUAUCAAAGAAAGAAACUUGCUAUUGGCGCCUUUGGUACAAGAUUGGAGCAGUCUUUAGGUGCUAGAGGAGGUGAACAACUCGAGAAAAAUGAAGCUGUUAUUGAUGCUAGUGAUGAUUUGUAUGGUGUUGUUGAAGAUACAUUUGAGAGCAAUCAAAUUCUGAAAAGUGCUAAGGAAAUAGGCAAGAGUGGUGUUCAGAAAUCUUUGUUUAAGCUUGAAAGUGAUGACAAAGAACAUACCAUACAUGAUAGAACUUUAGAAAGUUUUGAUGGAAAAUUAGGGUCAUCUAAUGUGAAUGAAAACAGUUCAAGGACAAGGACAUUAGGUACUUAUAGUGCAGAAGGUUUUAAGACAAGUGCAGGAGAAGAAUUGUAUGUAAAUUUAGAAUUAUUUCAUCAAGAUGAUGAUGAACAACAAGUUGAAAGUUUUGAGAAUCAGUUAAAAGAUGAUGAUGAAAUAGAGAGAAACAGGAACAAUUGUAAUAAUGUUAGAUUAGAAAAACCUAAAUUUAGUAUUCAUCCAUCUGCUUCAAGCAGACAGACCAAUAGGUUGCCUGAAUUCGUUAAUGCAAAGCCUGACAGUGAUCAGCAUGACAAUUUAAAUGAGGUUAAAGGGAAUGAAACUGUUAGACCUAUUCAGAAAAGACCUGUGGUGCUUGAAGCUAACACUAGCGGUGUUGCUGAGAUCCUUUCUGACUCAGGUUUCAUUGAAAUGUUUUCUAACAGUGUAAUGGCAAAUGCAAUAAAUAGGCAUGACAACACGAGGAGAAAUUAUCCAAGUUUUGAAAGGAGUGGAGUGACUGAAACAUUUAUUUCUCAAAAUCCUAGUAGUAGCAGAUCAUAUUCCGAUUUUAAUUUUCCAAGGCCAAAAACCUCCAAGGAGGUGUUGCAGUCAAUAGGAAAGAGCAAGACUGCAUCAUCCUACUCUAGUCAAACUGCAGAAUAUUCAGAAGUUGCAAUAGACUCAAGUCUGAAUGUUGAAUUGUUAGGCACAAAAGAAAAUGAUGCAAGUGCUAAUAAACUUAACAUAAAUGAUCUACAUUACCCUCUAUUAGUGCAAAUUUUUCAGAACUUCAAUGUGUAUGAAUUGUUAAGGGUUGUUUGUCGUGUCUGCACAACUUGGUAUAAUGUAACCCGUGAUGCUGAUCUCUGGUUGGCAGUCAACCUGACCAAUCAACAUCGAGUUACAGAUGAAAAUUUCCUAAAGCUGGUUAGGCAAAGCAACGACAGGAUUCAAACCAUCAACCUGACCGACUGUCGACUGAUCUCAUCUUAUGGGGUACUUCACCUGUUGAACUUUGCCACUCGAUUGACUACAUUAAAACUUAUCAGGUGUUUUGACAUAAUGGACUCAGCAUUUGAGAGUGCCGAAAGGCAGAGCCUGGCUUUACGACAUGUGUAUUUGGAUGGCUGCUGUAAAGUGACAGAUGAUGCACUCACUAUGUUGCUUCCUUCAUGUCCUGAACUGCGUACACUUCAUUUGAACCAGUGCCCCAAAAUCACGGACAGGACCAUGUUGAUCAUUGCAAGGUAUUGCCCCAAACUACAAGAGCUGCAACUUGAUCACUGCAGUAGGGUAACAGAUGCUGGCCUUUCAUCCAUAACCAAAAGCUGUACAGACAUGCGUAACCUUAACCUGAUGUCAUGCGGCAUCUCCGACGAUUGCGGAAUAUACCUGGCCAAGCUGCCAAAAUUGACAAACCUUGACCUUUCCAAUCUGCCAAGACUGACGCCAGACACUGUGACCUAUAUCUCGUCCCAUUGCAAGAAUAUCAGAUGUCUGAACCUCUCUCUCAAUGCAAUCAUUAAUGAUGACUGCUUGGAGGCUCUCAGUAAGAAUCUGCCGGGAUUAUGGAGGCUGUACUGUGUUUCCUGUUGUAUAAGUGAUAGAGGCAUAGCAGCAGUAGCCACAAACUGCCCGUUCCUGAAGUGUCUUGACAUAGGCUGGUGUCAGGAUAUUACUGACAUUGGUGUUAAAAGUGUAACCAGUCAGUGUGCGUAUUUGGAAUACCUCGGACUUAUUCGUUGUGACAAGGUUACCUUGGCAACUAUGGAACAAUUGGUGUUGAAAUAUCCAAGAGUUAACUUUUCUACUUUCAUUUUGGAGUCGAGGAGAUUGCUAGAGCGGGCAAGAAGGGAGGGAUACGUUUUUGAUGUUGAAAUUUCAAAAUGAACAUAUGGGGAACAAAUUUAUUUAUUGUUAUUAAAUGAGAUUUACUUUA